UGUGUGUGUGUGUGCGCGCGUGCGUGCGUGUGCUGGUGUGUCCCCCCCUUCCGAGGCCAGCAGCAGCCGUAUGGGGAAAGCAGCAGCGGACACAGAUGGCACGGACACUCGCGCUCGGUCUGCCGCUCUGCCCUGCCUGCUCGCCGCCGCCGUCUCUCUCUUCCAGCUCGCUCCGCCGCCCAGCAGCACUGCAGCACAGCACAGGCUAACGGCAUGAGGCUGGAUCCAGUGCAUUUCUCCAUGCUGGUCAUCGGGGUCUCCUUCGCCUGUUACGCCCCGAGUCUCAACUCCCUCCAGGACCAGGCGUACCGAUCCGCCGUGGUCAUCGAGGGCGAGGUGCGCUCCUCCCCGGAGAACGUCUCCUCCCGGGAGCCGUACAGUGUGAAUGUCAAAGUGCUGGACGUGUGGCCCGUCAACAGCGGCGGCCUCGAGAGGGAGCAGCUCGUGACCGUCGGGGACUUCGGCUCCGAGGCCCCGUGCACCACGGUGGAGAAGGAUCACAGAUACAUCUUUUUCAUGGACCCGACCGCCGAGCCGUUGGUAUUCAAGGCUUCUUACGCCCCCGUGGACGCCAGCGAGCCGGAGCUGAAGAAGGAUGUGGACAGAGUGCUGUGCGAGGACUGCGCCACUGCUCCGAAGCUGCGGCUAAUGCGAGGCCAGACUCUGAUGGAAGGGGACAAGCUGUACUUGAAGUGCGAGGCAUCGGGAAACCCCAGCCCUUCUUUCCGCUGGUACAAAGAUGGACACGAGCUUCAGAAAGGCAGAGACCUCAAGAUAAAGACCAACAAAAAAAACUCCAAAGUGCAGAUCAGCCGUGUCCGUGUGGAAGAUUCUGGCAACUACACCUGUGUGGCUGAAAACUCAUUAGGACAAGAGAACACCACAAGUAUAGUCAGCGUGCAGAUCUUGACCACCACCAGUCCGUCUCCAGGCAUAAGCCACGCGAGGCGCUGCAACGAGUCGGAGAAGGCCUACUGUGUGAACGGAGGAGACUGUUACUUUAUUCACGGUAUUAACCAGCUGUCCUGCAAGUGUCCCAAUGACUAUACGGGGGACCGAUGUCAAAACUCCGUCAUGGCCGGUUUCUAUAAGCUUCUCAGAAUUGAAUUUAUGGAGGCUGAGGAGCUGUACCAGAGGCGGGUUCUUACCAUCACAGGCAUCUGUGUGGCAUUGUUGGUAGUUGGCAUCGUUUGUGUUGUGGGCUACUGCAAAACCAAAAAGCGGAGGAAGAAGAUGCAGAGUCACCUACACCAGAACCAGAAUCAGUGUUUGGAACAACCCACCCGCAUGCUGGCCAAUGGGCCCAACCACCCUGGACCAGGUCCCGAGGAGAUUCCCAUGGUUGACUACAUCUCCAAGACCGUCCCCACCACAGAGUGUGUGAUCAGCCAUGGCGCUGAGGACGCAGGAAACUACGCAGGAAGCCGAAUGUCCACCCGCUCCCAUCACUCCACUACUGCCUCACAUGCUUCCAGACACGAGGAGCAGACGUGGAGCAUAGAGCGAACAGACAGUAUAAACUCAGACUGUCAGUCAGGAGGCCUGUCCAGCUCUGUGGGAACCAGUAAAUGCAGCAGCCCGGCGUGCAUGGCGAGGAGAGCCGCCCACUGGGGCUGUACUGAUGCAUCCAGAGCCGGACUGCAGUACGGAGAUUCUUACGACUCACUGAGGGACUCACCUCACAGCGACAGGUAUGUUUCAGCGCUCACCACGCCAGCUCGCCUGUCUCCGGUGGAAUUCCACUAUCCCCCACUCCCGCCCCAGGUGCCCACUUUCCAGAUCACAUCGCCCAACACAAGCCACGCCCUCUCUCUGCUCCCCGCUGCCGCCUCCUACCAGAGAGAUGACAGCCAGCCUUUGCUACGAUGCCCUGAUGAUGGAAGUUUAAACCGGCAGCCGCGGUGUCCGCGGAGACCCUAUCUGACAGAGAGCACAGGCAGUCUACCUUCCAGUCCCUACCGUCUCCCUGACGAAGAGGCCUACGAGACCACGCAGGAGUACGCUUCUUCACGUGAACCCAUCCGGAGUCGGAGACGUCCGCGACGCAACCGCCUCAAUGGACACAUCUCCCAACGUGCAGCAGGCCUACGGGACUACAGCUCUCAGAGCUUCAGCCAGUCAGAGGAUGAAGAGGAGGAGGAGGAAGAGGAUGCUCACGGGGAGAGCACACCUUUUCUCAGUAUGCAGAACAUGAACAUGGACCCGCCCUUAAGCGUUCCAGGUUUCCGUUCAUCAUCUGGUGCAGACACACGAACUCACCGUGGGCUAAGUCGGCCAGGGACUCGGAGUAGCGGGCAGAACCGCGGCUCUCAGUCGCAGCGAUCCAAGGCUGACAAUAUGCCGCUUUAAGACUCAUUACCCCCCCCACGACCACCACCAGUCACCCCUCUA